AUGACGGACACACAACUCCAAUGGGAGGAUAUUCAGCUUGUACGGGAGUCCCUGAUGAAGCUGUCGGGAGACACCGAAAGAAAACAAGAAAUAAUGAAGGGAUUCACAGAGACGCUGCUGCAGUGUCUGCAGCUAACUCAAACAUGCAAUUUGCGUCUCCUAGCUGAACGAAACGAUCUCGCGCGGCUGCGAGACGAGAAUCUGCUGCCUUUGGCUGGGGUGCUGCAGCAGCAAUACGUGCAGCAGUUUCGCACUAUGACGAAGCAAAUAUUAAAUUAUGUCUCUUCUUUAAAAGACAGAAACUUCUUCAAUCUGGAAGAGCUGCUCGUUACCUACGCCAAGAUUGCCGAAGAACUGCGGCUUCUGCAUCGCUACGCUUUAGCAGAUAUCUUUGAUGAGUUGAGUGCAUGCAUUUGCGAGGAGAUAGAACUGCGGCGUCUGGAAGCAAUAAGCGAGGAGCGGCAGCAGCUUUGCGAUGAAGUAGAAGCAGCAAUACAGCAAAAAGAGCAGCAACUUCAAGAAAUAAAAGACAGACAACGUAGCAAGUUUGAAUCUAUUGAGAAACUCAACAUGCAGGAAGUCGCCGAGAUGUGUGUUACAACAGAACACAAAGGUGUACAGACAGAAGAUGCACUGUCUCUAAGAGAAGGGGCCUUAGGCCCUUUAAUUGUAGCGAGAGCUACGAAGCAAAAAGCUCCUCAACCAGAUGCUGUUUGUUCUCUAGCCAGACGAUGUUGGCGGGCAUGCAACGCAUAUGACAUGCAGACGAGUAUUAGAAAGCUGCUAAAGAACACUCCAAGACUUCAACCCAAUCUUCUUUCAGAUUACACCCAGCUUCCUUCUUUCUUUGAGAAGUUCAGCGUCGAACCUGCAGAAGGACUUGUGCAGCCCCAGGGCUUUAUUCGCAUUCUCCCCCUAUUUCUCUGGCUGCCUGCCUUAAGAGAGUUGGGUUAUCUUAAUCUUGUUCAUACUCUGAGUGCAGAGGCAGUAAAGGAGGGUCUUGAAGGCAGUAGACUUCCUCGCAUAUCAUCUUCACGUCUCUCUUCUUUUUAUAACUUCUGCAAGUGUAAUGUUAUCCCUCUUUAUGAGAAGCUGUGCAGCAACAGAGACUUUGCUGCUUCUCUGGCUCCUCUACUGCCUGCUGAUGCUGCUGCUGCAGAGGAGCAGCCGCAGCAGCAGCAGCAUGAAGCAGAGACACCUGAAAGGGGACUAGAGAUUGUAAAUCUUGAGGUGUAUGCGCAGCUUCAGCUCCCUAUUGAUGUGGUGUCUCUGCUGCUGUUAGACCCUCUUGAGCAUCUCUUUGUUUUCUUCAGCGAAGUUUCUAUGAAUCCAUCUCUAAAUAAAAACAGAUACAAGACAAAGCAGCAGCAGCAGCAACAGCAGCAGCAGCAGCAGCAACAGCAGCAGCGGGCAACGGCAUACAAAACCCCGCUUGCAGGCAAGAGCAGCAGCAGCAGCAGCAGCAGCAGCAAACGUCAAGGGGCUGAGUUACCGCCAGGAGCAGCAGCAGCAACAGGAGCAGCAGCAGCAGCAGCAACAUCGGCGACAAAGGUGAUUAUCUCUUCAGACGGAGAAGAGGAGGAGACACAGCACCAGCAGCCACAGCUGCAGCAAAAGCAGCAUCAUCAGCAGCGGCAACAGCAGCAACAGCAAGAGCUGCUGCUGCUGCAUCGGCAGCUGCGGCGGGUGAGGCUGAGCAUCCGACAGGGGAGGCAACUGCAGCAGCAGCAGCAGCAGCAGCAGCACGAAGUAUCGCUGGUUGAUGUAUGCGGACAUGCCUCCACCUGUGGGGGGCCCCUUUGGGGGCCCCCUACAGGCAUAGGUACCCCCGUAGGGGGGCCCUCUACAGUUAUAGGGGCCCCCUGGGGGCCCCUUAACAGUUAUAGGGGCCUCCUGGGGGCCCCCAUAACUGUUACUAUAACUGUACAGGGGCCCCACUGGGGACCCCUUAACAGUUAUAGGGGCCCCCUGGGGGGCCCCCUACAGUUAUAG